UGGGCACAGACUCCACCCCACUGACAGCUACACAGAGUGAGACAGUCAUACAGGACCGAUCAGAUACAGCACCUGUAGUCCUCACACGCACUUCGACGUGGUCUGGGACGGCUCCGGCAGUCCGGGGAAGUUUCGCUCAGUGACCGGUGUCAGUCAGGAGGACCAAUAAACCUCAAGAUGGAAACCCGUCAGGAGAGAAAACCGAAGAAGCCACAUUACAUUCCUCGUCCUCCUGGAAAGCCUUUCAAAUACCAGUGCUUCCAGUGUCCCUUCACCUGCAACAUCAAGUCCCAUCUCUUUAAUCACAUGAAGUACAACCUGUGCAAGAACUCCAUCUCUCUGGUGUCUCAGCGUGGGGAGCAAACAGGGAGAGCAUCCAGAGCUCCGCAGCGCAGCACUUCAUGCAAUCAAGUACACACAGAACCAUCGAUGCCUGCUAAACCCAGUCCGAUCCGACCAGAACACACGAACAGCAAAAUGAGGAUGAUGGAAAAGUUGGAUGAGUUGAUCGUCCAAGAGGUGGAUGGGGGUGACGAUAGAGAAGGAAAUGAGAGUCCUGUGAAAAAAGUUACAGAAAAUUCUUCUGAGCUUAUCAGCAUUGAAAGCAGAGAUUCAGGAACCGGUGAGACUACGACAAAGUGCGGUUCAUCAUCUGCCUUUUCUCCUGUUCCAAGGAAAUGUGAAAACGAGACUAGGCCUCCACGAAAAGCAGAUCAGCCCACUUCGCAAAUUCCUGCUCGCGCUUACUUCCAUCCUGGGCCAACCUGGGGGCAGCGAAGCGUGCCUGCACCCCUCAAGCCUGCAGAUUACCCGCCAUACAUGCUCCCUGAAAGAACCACACAUGCCUUUUACCAAACCUACUUGCAGAAUCAAAGUGUCCCACCAACCUACUGUCUGAGUCUUCAAGAGCACAACAGACCUCUCGUGCCAGCACCUCUAAUACCACCCAAUCACUCUUCUCUCCUUCAACCAUAUCCAUACAGAUACAACCCACAUUUUCUGCAAGUUCCACCUUUACCCUAUGGUGUUUAUCCUCCUGAACACACGCCAUCCUUACAGGGCCCAAGGUACAUUCCCAUGGAGAUGUUUGCCCAUGGCUUAGAGCCCAGUGACUAUGGAAGGUACACUUAUCUUCAGCCAGGCACCUACAGCAGGCCAUCAGAAGCCAAGGGAAGCCAACAGCAUGGAGACAAGGCCACCCGGCAGAGCCCGAUGGCUGGCUGUGCUGCAUCGGGGUCUCCGGACCGGCCGAGCAUUGCAGAUAUCAUCCAGCACCAAUCUGUCAACCCACAGAACUCUGCUCAUCAAGAACCACAGCCUACCGGCCAAUCAGACUGCAUCACUCCAGGAAAGGAGCCCGUGACAGAACCAGAGAGAUUAUCGAGAAAUCUGAAUACCAAACAACAAGGGAACAGUACACAAAAGCAAAGAAGAAAUAUUGUGGAAGGCACUACUCCCAGUUCUGUGCAAUGCUCUGGCUUUUUAUCAGAGGAGGCUGAGGAUGAAGACAGUGAGGAUGAUGCAGCUCCUCUAAAUCUGUCCAAGCGGGACUGCAACAGAUCCGUCUACACGGUUAACCACAUAUCUGAUGAGGAGAUCGAUUCAGAGUCAGAAAGCAACGAUGAAGAUGCCCCUCUAGACCUCUGUCUCCGUGCCCAGAACAAUAACCAGGUCCAGACAGAUCCUACCAUGAGCUCAGACGAUAUCUCUGAACAAGUCUGCGUCAGUCAAGUUCAGACACCUCUGUCCGAGCAAGAACAGUGUGAACGCAGACACUCUGCUGCGUUCGCCCUCUGCCAGCUGGCCAGCUCCAGCAACAUCAAUACUGCUGAACUUCCUUCAGAAUCACACAAGGACACUCAAAGUCCGAGUUACCAGCAACCUGCCCUUAACCAGGCUCUUAAUCGGGACACUCCUGGCACAGGCAAGUCUGAGCAGAACACUGCAGUCCAGGGGCAGAAACGAGCAAGUGACAAGGCCACAAAAACAACCAGUAAGAGAAUGAGGGUGAACGAGCCGGUCCGGGACAAGAGGAGGAGAACCCAGAACUGUUGAUUGACUUUCUUAAGAGGGACGUUUCAUUUGCAUAUAAAAGCUUUUGAGCUAUGUUGCAGCACAAGUACAGACUUACCUUUAACAUGUAUGUUUUGUAGAUAGCUUUUCUUACACGUAGCAUCCUCAGAUAACCCUGACUUCAGAGUGCAUGCAUAACCCCACAUUGUACUAUUAUGACAUGUUCAAAUAUUUCAUUUU